GACAAAUCUCAUGGCUGUCAUGACGGAUAAAGAGAAGCAGGCUCACGAUUUGGUGCGUUGCCGCAAUUGGUUACGUGCCGCCACAUUAUACGAUGAGAUCUUGGCGACGGCACCCACCUGGAAUCGUGUACAAAAAGAUCGUCAUAUUAUCUGCCUGCUGGGACGUUGCGAGUGUCUGUAUGAGCUAGGAAAAUAUGAACCUUGUUUGGCCGAUGCCCGUAAAGUUUUAUCCAUGAUUAGUGAACAGCCGGCCGAUUGUUUAACCAGUGUAUCGCGCACGAGAAAAUGGCAAAUACAUGCUUUGUGUAAACUCAAAAAAUAUUUGGAAGCCGAAAAAAUUCUCAAAGAAUGGAUUGCACAAUUUCGAUUUCGUAAAUUCAACGAAAUCUGCAAUGUGCUGGAGGGUUACCGGCUCGUUGUUAAUAUGUUGUACAGCUAUGAGAAAUCCGAACAAAAGUUAAUGGAUUUAGCCUUUUUAGAUGAUAAAAUGGCCAGUCUGGAUAAUAAACUUGAUAAUUGGGCUAGCAAAGGUCUGGCCCUGGACAAAUACAGUAAACAUUUAUGUGGUGCUGGCGUCGGAGGAGUUGGUGUCAAUGCCAAUAAUCCAGCUGCCACUGGUAGUAAUGCCAAUGCCAUUAAAGGUAUUAAAAAACGAGAAAACCCAACUCCAAAUGGUGGUGGUCCACUCAAUAAUAUGUCUGGUCUCAUGUUGGCAUCCCUGGGUGUCACUUCCUCCGGUAGCAGCAAUAAAACAUCAGGCGAUGAAACAUCAUCAUCGGCGGGGACAGCCGAAGAUGCCAACAGCACUACCUGCUCGUAUUGUGCGAUAACAUUUAGCAGUCGCAGUGAAUUGCGUCAACAUUGUCAAACAGAAGCUCAUCAAAAUGUCAUUAUGUCCGACGAGGGCCGUGACUGGAAAUGGCGGCCACCGCCUCGUGGUUUCACCCUGGACUCGUACAGCCUGUGUGAAUCAUGGACCGAAUCACAAUUGUGUCACUAUGGCAAUCAGUGUGUCGAAGCCCAUGGUCAGGAUGAGCUUAACGAAUGGAAGGAACGUUUCGAAUAUCGUCGCAUGAGACUGCAGAAGGCCUGUGAAAAAGAACUAUAUGGCAAAUCCUAUACGGAACAAAUCUUAGAGAAAUGGAUACAAUCCACAGCACCGGAGAAAAUCAUGUGCGAAAAGGUUGAGGGUGUUGAGGCGAAAUGCGAACAAGACUUGGUCACGAGCAUCAGCUCGAAAACAUCCAAACGGGAAUGGGUUUUUAUAUUGAAAACAAGCGGUAAGACCUUAAAAGCAGUAGCCCUCUUACAGGAUGCUCAUCGUAGUCAUUUCGCUUUGAAAAGUAUAAAAACCCCAGAUGCCACCUAUGAACUGGAUGCCAAAACCAAUCAGGAAUGGAUGCCACAAAAGCUGUCAACCUCAUCGUCAUCAACAUCGACCUCCACAUCGACAUCUACACCCAUAGAACACCAUGUCACGGUGGAAUUUCACACCGAAAUCUAUGGCACAUUUCGUCAGGCUGUCUGCUUUGAUUUCGGCUCGGAGCCAAUACUGGUGCGGCAUCUCUGUGUGGAUGUGGUGCCCGUGAGCGAUGCCGAAAAGAUUGAGGAAAUCAAGCGUGACAUAAUCAACAGCUCGGCCACCCGGUGGGAUGUAUCCAAUACACACCUGGUGAAGUUCGAGACGACGAUUGGCACCCACAUGAAGACUGAAGGCUAUCUCAAUGACUUAAAACAUGAGAAGGAAAUGCUAGAGCGUUAUCCAUGUCCCCGAGCGCAAACAUUUACCCUGACCCAGUCGACGAUACUGGAUAAACGUCUGACGCAAAACAACUACCGGUCCCGCAUCCACGAACUGCUGUAUGUCGAGGAAAUAGCCCGCUACGAACAAAUUGCGCGUUUCAAUUUGCGCACCAAACUGAACGUCACCUCCAACUACAUACUGACACCGGCUGGCAUGGCCACAAGCACGGCAAAGUAUUCGCUGUCGGGUGAGCUAUUUGCUCUUAUGCAUUUGGGCAAGGACGUGUCGGAGGACACGUCGGCAGGUCGUCUAAUUUUAUCCAAUUGUUCCAGUGUGUAUAUAUCUGUGGUAGAUGAAGCGAAUCUCGGCGCCGAUAAGAAGCGUCAUGUUUACGAGGCUGUUAUUGAGGACAAGGGCAAGAAUGUGAUCUACUUAAAACUAUCGUCGAAAUGUGUGGAGGCCCUAAAGCUGAAGGCCGACACCGAACUGCACGUGGACAUUCAAUUUCAAUUGAAUCGUCUACCUUACUGCGAAUGGCAUCAUGCCGUUGAUAAAAUUACCGAUUUCAAAAUCAUUUUUCCGGCCACCGAAGUGGAGCCCAACAUACCGUGGACACCGAAGAAGCAAUGGUCAGAAUCGUGUGAGCCCAAAUUGAAUGCCAAACAACGGGAGGCCGUAAAUGCCAUAACGACAUCGUUAAGCAUUAAACUGCCGCCGAUACUGCUGAUUGGACCCUUUGGUACGGGCAAAACCUAUACACUGGCCCAGGCGAUAAAACAGCUAUUAACACAGCCCGAGGCUAAAAUACUCAUCUGUACCCACUCAAAUUCGGCGGCCGAUUUGUAUAUUAAAGAAUAUCUGCAUCCAUGGAUUGAGGCAGGGCUGGAGGAAGCCACGCCGCUUAGGGUGUACUAUCACAAGCGUUGGGUUGCCACCGUCAAUAGUGUUGUGCAAAAGUACUGUAUCACUGAUGGUGUUGGCAACUUUCGCCGUCCCACGGUCGAGGAUAUUAUGAAACAUCGCAUCGUGGUCGUCACCCUUAGUAUAUCCAUGGAAUUGGCCAAUUUAGAUCUCCCCAAGGGUUAUUUCACCCACAUAUUUCUCGAUGAAGCCGCCCAGGCAAUGGAAUGCGAAGCAAUAAUGCCCCUGGCCUUGGCCAAUGACAGCACCCGCAUUGUCUUGGCUGGUGAUCACAUGCAAAUGAGUCCCGAACUAUUCUCGGCAUUUGCCAAGGAACGCAAGUUGCAUAUAUCUCUGUUGGAACGUUUGUACGAUCACUACCCCUCCAAUUUCCCGUGUAAAAUUCUCUUGUGUGAAAAUUAUCGUGCCCACGAAGCCAUUAUUAAAUUUACAUCGGAGCUAUUCUAUGAACAAAAACUAAUAGCAUCCGGCAAACAGCCAAGGCAUGAGAAAUUCUAUCCCCUCACAUUCUUUACAACGCGGGGUGAAGAUGUCCAGGAUAAAAAUUCAACGGCAUUUUACAACAAUUCGGAGGUCUACGAAGUUGUAGAGCGGGUAUCGGAGCUACGCAAAAAAUGGCCUAGUGCGUGGGGUAAAAUAAAUGAUGCCAGCAUUGGUAUUAUGACUCCCUAUGCUGAUCAGGUGUUUCGAAUUCGUUCGGAGCUGCGCAAAAGACGCAUGGGCGGCAUAUCUGUGGAACGUGUACUCAAUGUUCAGGGUAAACAGUUUCGCGCCAUUUUCCUUUCAACGGUCCGAACACGAAGAACAUGUUUACCCAUAGCCGGUGGAAGUGGAGGUGGCUCGGCGGGCAGUGGUGCCUUUCCCGGUCAAUCGAACAGUCCUUCCGAAGAUGCCGAUUAUGGAUUUCUUAGCAACUCAAAAUUGCUGAACACUGCGAUUACGAGAGCACAAAGUCUAGUGGCUGUGGUAGGUGAUCCGGUGGCCUUGUGUUCGAUAGGACGAUGUCGUAAAGUGUGGGAACGUUUCAUUGAGAUAUGUGACGAAAACAAGUCUCUCUUCGGUAUAACCAUGUGGCAGUUACGCUCUCAACUCGAUGGUGUCGAACUGAAACGGGGCUAUGUCCUCAAUCCAUUGGCACCGGAAUUUAUACCCCGUUCCCUGCAACCUGAAGCUUACUUACGUGAUCAAGCUGCCAUGUUUAUGGCAAUGGCCAACAACCAUCAUCCAAUGGGCCCCCAUCCUGGCCAUCACCAUGGUCCCGGUGGAAUGGGUCCACAUCCAAGUCUACUGCCCGGUGGUGGUUCAGGACAAAUGCCGCCGCAUCACGCAGCUGCCAUGGCUAAUCAACAAAUGCCCCAUAUGUAUGGACCGCAUUCGGCUGCAGCUGCGGCAUACAAUGCAGCGGCUGCUGCUGCAGCUGUCAUGAUGAAUCAGGGUAUGGUUGGCGGCAAGGGGGGUCACCAUUUUCAUGGGCACCCCAAUCACAUGCCCAUGAGAGCAAUUGGUCCACCACCCACUGGUGGUCCUCAGCAGCCUCCACAGUCGGCGCCUCCCAUGAGUGGGCAACAAUUCAAUCCUCGGGGGCCACCGCCACCACCUGUACACUUGGGCCAACCGCCGCCGAAUGGUGCCGGUGGCAAUCAAUUCUCACAGUACAUGCCGUGGCAACACGCCCAACAACAACAACUUAGACCACCUGGGAGUGGCGGUAAUUUUGGAUCAGGGCCCGGCCAACAAUCAGGCGUACCGACCGGACAAAAUCCCAAUGCCAGCCUGUGGGGUCCACCGCCACAGUCGAACCCUUGGACGGUGCUACCAAACAAGCAACAGAUGCAGCAACCUCCCAACCCCAAUGGAGCCAAUGGACGACAAAUGGGCGCCCAGCAAGCCGGCCAGAACAUGAGAGGUCAAAGUGUUCCACUGCAACCACCACCACCCCUGUCCAAUCAACAACAAAUGCGAAACAAUCCCAAUGAUUUAGGCUAUUUGGCCAACAAGGCACUGUACGCCGGCAAACAACAUCCCGGCCAGGGCGGCCAAGUACCACCAUCUCAGGUGCAUAGCAACUUUGGUGGUUUUGGACAGGGGAAUGCUCCGCCGCCACCUCCUAACCAACUGCAAAUGAUGAACCAACGCAACAUGAGUGGCAUACCCAAUGGACCCAUUAGUCCCAUGGAUCCCUUUAUGCCCAGGCCACCAGCAGCGGGGGGUGGUGCUGCACCUAAUCAAAAUGCCGCCUUCUUUGGACAAAACAACCUAACAGGCCCAAUGAAAGAUAAGGAUUUUCAAUUCCUAAACAACGUCCAUGUUCCGCUGAAUAUCGGCGGAACAAUGUUCCAAGCCCCACCUCCACCACCGAAUGCCAUGGUUGGCACGGCCAAUAAGCAACAAUCACCCACAGCACUAAGAUUCCCACAGCCCCACGAAUAUGCCUCACUUUUGCCGCCAAAUAUGAACAUCUACGAAAUGGCCUUUGAACCGAAAGAAUCCCAAUACAAGUGGUACUUAAAGCUAUUGGAGACACAGGGUCAAGAUGCUGCCAACAAGUUUACCGAAGUGUUAAGGCAGGUAAGCACUAUGAUGCAGCAGCAGCAACAACAACAGCAGCAACCUCAACAGCCGGUAAAUAAACCGCCGCAGCAUAUGCAGCAGAGCUAUAUAAAUAAUAUGGGUGUUCCGCAGCCGCAGCCUCCAACACAACAACAUCAGCAACAGCAACUAAUGCCAAGAGAUGCCUCUUUUAUGCAACCGCUAAUGAACUACCAGCAACAACAGCAAGCGCCACAGCAGCAACAAGCGCCGCAACACCAGCAGCAACCUCAAAGAAAUGUUAAUCCAUUUAUGGGUCCACUACCACCACCCACAAAUCCCAUGCAAUCGAACGUGGGUCUUAACGAUGAAACACCACCCUUGGAUAUUAACUUCAAUCAACAAAUCGAUAUGGUUUUCAAUUCGAUACUCAAUGGUAAUGAAAUUUCCCAGCCUAUUUUGCGUGAUCUGUUUGGCGUAGCUGGUGGUGGUGGUGGCGGCGGCGUUAAUGCCGCUGGACCAUCCACAAUGAACGGUGGCGAUAUGAUUCUCAACUCGAAUACAUCAUCGACAUCGAAUAAUAUGUUGGGCGGCAGUAAAAUGUUUCCGAAUAUUGGUGGUGGUGCGGCAACUGCAAAUGGUGUUGGCGGUGGCGCUAUCAUCAAUAAUCAUCAAGGUGGUAACAUGGCCAAAAAUGCAAUGGGACCAAAUUGUAUGUUGGCAGGUGGUAUGCCACCACAACAAGCGCCACAACAGCAAAAUGCCGCCAAUCAACCAGGCGGAUUUAUUGGAAAUAAUGCCCUACUGAACAAUAAAGAAUUUAUGUUGGGUCCAAAUAUAUCUGGCGGUGGUGGUGCAGGUUCAACAUCUUCAAAUUCAUCAUCAGUCCCUUUAUAUCGACGUCAAGGUAUAACAAUGAGUAAUGGCCACAAUUUAAAUAGUGCCGGUAAUUCAUCAGCCUCCACUGGUGGCCAUUCACUGUCAUCGUCUACACCCGAUAAUAUUCUAAACAGCAGUCCCAAUGAUAUAUUGGCCGGUUUGAGUACCGGUUCGAAUACCCUAAUCGAAGCUCUAUUUCAAGAUCAACAUCAGCAACAAAAUAAUGCCACAUUACAGAAAUUGUUGUAUAAUAAUUUUAAUGCAAGUGGCCUUAAAGGAGGUGCUGGCGGCGGCGAUAUGGAUUUAUUUAUGGGUAAUAAUAGUUUUGUUAAUGCUCUAUCGGAUGGUGGUGUGGCAAAUAGUUUUCAUGCGCCCAGCUAUCAACAGGCAACAGCCAAUGCGAUAAAUACAAGUGUUGGUAAUAAUAUUGUUGGCGGUGGUCCGAAUGCAGCAACAACAACAGGUGCUGGGGGCGGCGAUAGUCGCAAUACCACAUAUGCAGCUGUGUUAAGUCAAGGACCCCAAUCACAAGAGGCGGCAUUACAACAACAGCAUCAUAACUAUGGUCAUAAUGCUGCUGGCUUGACAACGGGGCCGGGCGGUGCAGCCGGUUUGGUGGGUAAUGGUUUGGCAGGGCUGGCUGGUUUAAAUGUGGCCGCCGGCAAUUCAGCAAAUGGUGGUGAUGGCGGAGAUAAAGAUCCAUUUGCAGCUAUACGAGAACUGGGUCAAGGUACGAAUGGUUUUUAUAAUUAUUUUCAAUAAAA